ACAAAACUCGUGAUAUAAAAUGAUGCCUAGAAAUACCUAAGGUAAGGCACUCGAGACGUUGCGUAACCUGCCCUCGCAGCAACAUUGUAUUCACAUAUUUGGGCAGAAAGAUUGAUAAUGCUGUGUCCGGCUGUCACCUCAGACUUCCCCGGUCGGAAACUUGGUAUGGAAUAGAUUGUUUUUGCAUAUCAGCAAUCUCUUGAAUUUAGACCGCUCUGUUGCUCCAAAUUCCAGACUUUCCAGUCUGCCAUGACCCAUUGACGUGAUGCCGAGCUUCGAUAUUUGCAAGCCUUGCUGAUGUUGUAGCGGUGACUUGUCCACAUGCAAGGACCUUUUUCGACCUGCAUGUUACCUCAGCCCUAGCCUAGACUGUAAUGUUCUCCCUUCUUGAUACCGACCCCGUGAUCCAAGUCUACUGCUGGGCAACGACUUGAAUAUUGUUCUUUUUCUGCAAGCAAGUCAUUAGCACUGAGCAUAGUGGGGCCUCCUACCAUCGCUUGAGUCUCAUCCCGCGAGCAAACAAUACCAAAGUCCCCUCUCGCAAACAAAGCAAGAACCAGAACCAGAAACCAGAGACCAGAAACACACAGUACAUGAAACAUACCUUCCAAUUCUCCAUCUCCACAUUCUUACUUCUGUAACUCUUCAUCAACUCCUCCAGCACCUUCUUUAACCCCUCGCUAUUGGUCUGCAGGGCCGGGAUGACAUCCUUCACAGUUCUCUCCACCAAGACCCCAUUAAUCAUGCGAAAGCAUUUCCUCUCUUCCGGCAGCGGAGUUAGAGUCUCCAAGACCAAUCUGUACGUAUCCCAAAAUAAAAAGUCAGCACUGACCUAUGCAAAGCGUUCCAGGUUCCUCGUUGGUCCAAAAGUCGGUGAGGGCCAACGAAUGGUAUUGAGCGGUGUACAUGUACAAGCAAGGCAAGGAAGAAGAAAAUCGUGUAGAUGUGAGGGACGGGAUGUUCAGGUAGCAAAGUGGAAGACUCCGAUUCCAAGGUCCUGGAAUUGGGUAAAAUGGGUCCGCAGAUGCGAUGGGAUGGAGCACUUGGUGUUUUGCGUGGGAAGGGAGGGAUUGCAGGAGAAAGAGGAUACGGACCGGUGUUCUUCGGCUUCGGUCUCGACGUCACCGAUUUUGGAGGCGAUUUGUUGGAGGUUGGUUUUGUAUUGUUCGUAUUGCUGUUGUAGCUCUGUGAUGCCCCGCGAUGAUUGUCAGCUACCUUUCUUUUGGUUUUGAGUUUGGAUGUAAUUCGUCUUCUUCCUAGGGGCUUUUGAAAGAUGGGUAAGGAAGCGUACCUUGUUGCUUUCGCUGGGAAACUUGUUGUGCCAUCGUGGUGAUCGACUGUGUUGUAGCUCUGGAUGGUGAGGCUGUGAGAUAGCUUGAGGUGGGAGAGCGAGCCUUGAUAAAUUUCAAGGUCAGGGUCGGUGGAGAGCCGUGGUUUUGCCGAUUGAAUGAACCCGAUUUCUCAAAUCCGAUGACGAGGGCACAUCAAGCGCAAGCUCUCACUCAAAGCCUACGACUUCCAGAAUAUCCAGAUCUCAGGUCGCCCAACAUGCAUCCCCAUCUGCAUACAAAAGACAAUACAGGUUUGUCCAUCCCUACUCCUUUCUCCCAGCAUACUUCUUCAAAUUUCCUCCUCUGCCCCAUCGCAUGAUUUCUAGACUAACAUGAUCUUCCCAGCAUGCGCAGAAGUCAUGGAUGCCCUCGAUGAAUGCCACGCACGCGGUUUUCUGUGGAAAUCGAUGGGGAUGUGCAAUUCUGCCAAAACUGCCGUCAAUAAAUGCCUCCGCGCGCAACGAUUAGAGAGGACGAGAAUCAACCGGGAGAAGGCAAAGGAGAAGAACAAGGAAAUUCGCGAGAAGUGGAAGGAAAUUGAUGCAAACUCUUGAAGCAGUAUAUUGCGUCUUGAUUGGAAUGUUCGUGUUCGCGAUUGUGAAAGGAAAUGUGUACAACCAUGCAUGGAGAGGUGGCAAAAGGUUGAUGGGAGGCAAAUGGGUGGAAAUCGACUACGGGAGGAAGCACGUAUAACGGCGUAUAUGAUACUAUGGAGAGUGUAUGAAAUGAAGAGGGCAGGAGUUAUUGCGAUAUUUGGUAUCACGGCAUUUCAAGGGAGUUUUUGGUCAUCAUGCCACUUGGUGUAUACC